CACCUCAUCCUUGUCUAUUCCUGUGAUAUCUAUCCAAUCCAAGUAAAAAAAGAAUAUUUUUUGUGAAAGCGUAGCGCAUUUGUGACUACUGCGUCUAAUUAUAAUUUUGUUUGUAAAGAUAUUCACUAUUUAAUUAACAAAAGAUGUGCAUGAAUUCUUCAUUUUCAGGAAUACCUAAGUGAAGACUAAAUUGGUGGCAAAAUGGUGUCGACAAGGCAAAUGAGCAGUGUCGGAGGUGGCAAUGGGGGCAGCGAUGGUGCAGGUCCCUCUCACGCGGAGCCCGUGGCGGUGUCCCGCGUCACUCGUCAUUCCAGCGCCUUGAUGCCGGGAGGUUCCUCGCCGCACGCUAGUACCUCUAAAUGCACUUUAGUGCCGGCCCCCAAGACUCACACUACCAAUAUACUUGAUUUGCCAGUCGAAGUUAUUGAGAAGAUUAUUACCUAUUUGGGAUUCAAAAGUGUCUCACAUCUUAGAAUGGUUAAUCGGCAGUUCAAUUCAAUAUGUAGCAGUAUAUUAAACUCUACAUUUCAACGGUUACAAAAUCAGAUGUUGCAUAGAUUUCAAUCAAUCAAAGCUAAGAUGCCACGUCGGGAGUCUGCUCGUAGAAGUCACCCGCUGGCGUGCGAGUCCGAUAUUAUUGAAACUUUGCAUAUGAGACUCAGUCUCUUGCAGAUGACAUUUGGAAAGCAUAUUGAGAGGAAACACUGCUGUUUCUUCCCAGGAGAGAUAUUAGAUGAAGUAUACAGUAUUCUGUCAUACUUAAAAACCACGACAAAACUAGCAAGACCUUACAAGGUGACUGAUGAACUCUUUGAUUUGACAACAAUGGCCAUGGAAUACUUCAAAGAACACAUUGAACCCAACUUGCCAGAGAUAACAUACUUUGGUACAGAUUUCUUUGAUAUUACUACAGCAUUUUCACCUGGCGAGAGUAGUAAAUCGUACAUUUGUCUGGACUCGCCGCCGCCCAGUGGGUUCGAGUCGUCUUCGUCGCAGCAGGCCGGGGCCAGCGUGUCGGACCGCAGGGUGUCUUCGCUGAAUAUGUACCUGGAAGAGAGUCUGCCGCCCUCCCCGCCUCCGCCGCAGAGCAACAUGGUGCUACGGAAACGGAUACAUCGCAUUAAACAAGGAAUGAAAAAGUACAACGACCAGCUAUCAGCAUUGCGCAGUGAUCUUCGUAGUUGCAAACGCAAGACGGCUCUUCAACAGAAACAAAUUGCAGAGCAACAGAAGCAGAUUGCUGAGCAGCAGAAACAGACCUUGGAGUAUGCUAACCGCCUUGAUGAUUACGAUAAGAAGAAUGAGGAAACAAGCCGCAAGUUUCAAACUUUAUUACAGGAGUUAAAUAAGUGCAAAACGGAGCUACAGUACUGGCGUUCCCGUUCCCCGGCCGUGCCGCCGCUCUGCGCCGAGUGCGGCGCGUCCCUACGUCUGUCGCCUGCCUCGUCACUAGCACAGUGGGCGGCCGGCACCAGCUCGGAGCCGACAGAGUGCGAGAUGGGCGCUGGCGACGCCGAGCCCGCGCCGCUGCCCAGCGCCGCGCCCGAGCCCACCACCGAGCUGCCCCGCGCCGACCUCAAGCCUGAACCCAAGUCCAAGCCUGACUCUAAAUCAGAAACCAAGUCCAAAUCCGAGGCGAAAGUGGAGACCACCACCAAAUCUAAACCUGAGCUUAAAGUGGAGAGUAGUAAAUGUAAACCGGAGCCUAAAGCGGAGAGCAGUAGCGAGUGCAGCGUGUCGACGCCGCCCACGCGGCGCCGCGCGUCGGCCGACGCGGCGGCCGGCGCCACGCCCGAGCGCAAGAAGCGCCGCCUCACGCGCCCGCGCAAGCUGUGAGCGAGCCCAAGGCUGCACAGAACAUUCUCGAAUCGACGGUGAGUCGGAUCAUUCUUGUUACACUACUUCCGAUCAAAUUUGGCGAGUUUACAGUUAGCUGUUCGGCUACGCAGUAGAUUUUUUUUGGACAAAAUUGUCUGUAGCCAAUAACCUACCUCAAAUUCGCCAAGUUAUUUCGGAGGUACUGUACAUUUGCGGCCCGAUGUUAUGACAAAAAAGAGGACCCUGAAUUUAGCGAUUCGCCUCGCAAUAUUUGUUGUUAUUUAUUUCUCGCGAUUGAAUCCACUUUAAAUAAAAUUGACAGUGGGUUAAUGCUCGCUUUACUGCAAUACACUGUUCCAUGUGCUUAACUUAUUGACCUGUGAUGUAUUGCAUGCGGUAAAUCCAGUUAGCCUUCUUUUUAUUCUUUGGAAUUAAAAGUGUAUUAUUAUAUUCAGAUUUUGAAUUUCGUUUAUAUUUAUGCACAACUACUGUUUAGUAUCAGACAUGUACUGUCUCUCGGGGUCCGUGAAAUUGCUAAAAUGAACUGAAUAGGUAUACCUAUUCUUUUAUGGUUAUUUGCUUUGCAUGGAUAAUACAUGAAUAUGAUUACAUAUAAAGUAAGCAUAUUCAUCUGCAAUCCAAUUGAAUUGGUUCGAAAGUUGUGUGUUGAUAGAGUUAGCAUUGAAUGUUAUAUUUGGAGCGGGGUGUAGUAAACCCGCAGUUGACGCGGGCGCCUCGGUCAGGACGUUGUUGAGUAAUGAUAAAAACUUUAUGUACGUACGACGAUCCGCAGCCAGUAAACAUUAAUCUGGAGUCCAUUAUAAAAAUUGCAUUCACUCAUAGUAUGUAAAGUAAUAUUUUAUAGAUUUAUUAAAAAUUUGUAGUAUUUAAAAUUGGUUACUAUCUCAGAAUAUGAUUUAACACACUAUGCACAUAAUAUUUUUUAUUUACUGACUAAACGGAGUAUUGCUUUGAUGUUGUAAUUUUUUAAACAAUAUAUUCUCCUGGGCGAAUUGUUUGCAUGUGUAUAUUAUUGUUUAACAAAUUGCAAGAUUGUGUUGUAGAAUUUUAUCUGAAACUUAGUUGUAAUAGUUGGAUUGAUUUACAAUUUACUGCUGAUUUGACCUUCAUUGUGGACCAUUUGUGAACAAACUAAAAAUCUACCCAAAAAUACUUGACUAUCUUUAUAAUUGAAAUAAUUGUUUCGGAACGAAUACUUUGUCAAUUUAGCAAUCGCAAACACGACUGCUGAUCAUGAUGGUGUAAUAGGUUCCAUUCUCUUUUUUUAUUGGAUUUUCUCGUAUAUAUCUAUAAAUUAAGAUUUUCCCUUGAUUAAUGAGCAUAAUAUUUACGAAGUAGUCCUUAGGUACGAUGUUCCAUAAAACUUGCAAUUAGUGGUUUUGAGGUUAAUUUAUUAGGAGUGGAUAGUAUUCUACAAAUUCGCAGCUUACUUUCAAGUAGUCAAGCUUUAAUUAAUCUGCACAAAGGUGACGGUGUGUUGGGCCAGCGUGCGCUUUAUCUUAAACUCAGCGUAAUUUUUGCCUCAUGAUUCUGAAAUGAAGAAUUGCACCACAAUAUUAAAGAAUCUUAUAAUAGUUUAGUAUUUUAUUUUUUUGGUUUGUUUACGCUGUUCCAUGGGUUUAGAUGCUUGCAGAUAUUGUUCAGGGCAGUAUUCAUAUACCAAAUGGCUAAAUAGAUUUCUUUAUGAUGAGAUAUGAUGUGUUAUAAAUUAUGAAACAUUUAAAUGACUUUAGUACUGGUCAAUGCUAUGUUUGUUUCUUUGAGGUGACAGUAAGAAAUUAUUAUUUGAUUAAUUUACUAUAGAAGAUAUUUAUUUAUUAGUCUAUUACACUUGCGUAACAACGUGAUUACCGACGGAUUGUCUGGUAUAAUUUCUUUUUGUGGCUUGCGAAACCAUUGGCAAAACUUGUUAUGCAUACGUACAUUUUUCAUAUUUUCCAAAACUGAAUUAAACAUGAUCGACAACGAAAUUAUUUCAUAGUUCACCUCAAGGAUCCAAUAAACUUUCAGUUUUAAAUAAUGUUUGAGUAAAAACGGAGUUUCUGCUAAAUAGAGACCACAGCGUCGCGAUAAGUGUUCGCAAUACUAAAACGGUGCUGUGGUCUCUGUCUAGAGAGUUACAAUUAGUUUUAAUUUAUAGGUUUUACAGCCCUGAUAAUUUUAAUUUAGCAAAAUAGGUUUUAAAAAUGAUUGUUAAUGAAAAUGGCGGUUGAAUGUUGUGUUUAUUUGUAAAUAUUCUAAAAGUAAAAUCACAUGUGUAAUGUACAAAUGAAUAUAUUUAUGAUUGUAUAAAUAUACAACAGUGUAAAUGAAAUAUUUUUGUGACAUGGUGUACAGUUAGGUGACAGUAGAUGUGGCAUAAAGCUAUUUUCCAUACUUUGUGUUUAAGAGAUGUGCUCACGGGCUUCACACAAUUCUUGCAUCAUGUCACUUAACAAUUUACGAACAUAUCAGCCAAAUUCAUCGAGUCAUCAUCGUGCAGGUUACCCAAACGAUAAGCACUUAGUUCACUAUUGUAUUCUGUAUCAAAUACGCACAACUACUACAUAUAUUUAUAUUGAUUGACAGAUUCGUUUAUUUAAUUUGCUAUUUGUGAGUCAUUCACCUUUAAUUGCGUUUGUGGUUUUCAUGCUACAUUAUUAUGUACAUAAUAUUCUUAGUGCAUAUAGUAUAUAAAUAUUUCCGAUGUUUUUUACAUACAGAAAUCACGAGUACAAAUAUUUUUCGUUAUUAUGCCACAAAGGCUUCUUUGUUUCGGUUACAAAAAUAAUAUUCCUCGUUUAUACUACAUACUAUAUCCUUUUACUUAGUCAUUACACUACAAUAUAUUACUUUGAACAAGACAGAUUGUAAAAUAUUCAAUCACGAGAUGCUUUUGAGAUAAUAAUUGUAGAGAACAUAUUAUUACUUAGGUGAAACACCUAUUUGGACAAUAAGAAAUGUUAGUUACCAUUGUCUGCCACAGUAGCGAACAUGCAUUAGAAAAUAAAGCUCUUAAGAUGCUUGACAGCCACGCUACAAGUGUUUUUACCCGACUGCCAAGAAGGGUUAUAUUUUUGCGCGUUUCUUGUAUGUAUGUAACAUUUUUUUUUACCUCAUAUCUACGAAACGGCAGAAUGCAUUACGACAGGCAGGGUAUCGACGGAAUUGUUUCGAUUCCUCAAGUAUUCUUUAGAUAUGACGUUCAAAAACAACAUGGCAUCUAAGUAAUCGCAGAUUGAAGUAAAACAUUUUCCUUUGUUUUCUGCAACAAUGAUAUAAUCAUUACCCAAAAUGGUAUAUAAUUAUCAAAAUAGAAAAAUAAACUAAAAUUAGAUUUGAUUUUUAAAAAUAAACGCCUAAAAUAGAGUGAAUAAAUUAUUAAUCAUUAAAUACCUUCACCAAGUAAACUAAAAAUAUUGCAAUCAAAAUAUUAUUUGAAAUAAAAAAUCCGCCUGUAUGAAAAAUUUUAACUCUAACUGAAAAGGUCGAAAACAAGUUGAAUAGUUGCAGUUUUGUGACCAACUUGAUAAGCAAGUGUUCCAUAGAACAGUCCCUUUUUUAAUUUUGGAAACCCAAUAUUUCACCACACUCACAGCAGAAUAUUGCCACAUAAAACAGACCACCUUGUGAAAAAGAAUAUUUAUUAUAACUCACUGACAUUGUUCAAAUUGUUCUACCUCUCAGUUCAUUAGUAAAGAUUUUGCGUGCAGGUGGAUUUUUUGAUUUUAAAUAAUAUUUUCUGAGUUCAUACACUAAAGUGUAACAUAUAGACGGGAAUAGAUAAACCGCUAAUGUGUGUUCAACGUACGACGCUACUCUCGUUUGACCUCUUUGCCAUGUUAAUCUGUAUAUAGUUACAAUUUGUACAUACUAUGUAUGCUGUGUGUAGGACUGUAGAUUGUUUCACAUUCUUAGAGUUGUAAGGCAAGAUAUAGAAUAAAAAGAAGUACACAGAUUAUUUUUAAUAUUUCUAUCUUGAGAGAACCGAAAUCUGAGUUUGUCUCACGCUGAGACGACUUAGCGCCUCGGCAGACGCUGCCGGCUCUAGCGGCGGUGCAAUCGUGUACAUUAUGUGUUAUAUUCAAUGGCUAUGAUAUUUCAACGAUCUAAUAACGAACUUAUAAGGUAACGUUUAAACAUUCUUGGAAACUCGGUACAUAUUUAUUGGACUAUUUUCUUUUAUAAUUUAUUUAAUUGUUAAUUUUCUAUUAAAGGUGAAUGUUACAAAUGAGUUUAUUAUCAUUUAGCCAAUUAUUAGAGUACAUUGUGUACAUAAUAACAUACUAGGUUAAGUAGUCCACUUAAAAUGAUUUUCGAAGUGCAUGCAACGGCGACAGGCGGUCUAUAUUCAUUUGUUAGUCGCGUGGAACUGGCUCAUUUCAUGUUGCAAAUGAUUAAAAUGUAAAAUAAUACUAAUUAUCUUAUAUUGUAAUAAUAAUUUCGUGUCGAGUUUAUCUUUGAAAGUGUUCCAUUAUACUUAAGUUGAAGUUUGUGAGGAAUAAAACAACUGAAAUGUAUCUGAUAGAUUAUCUGCCAUGCGAUUCUGUAACAAACACAUCAUCGAUGCUAACAACGACGAGUUCACAGAUGUCACAUCGUAGACAUCGCUUUUAAAAACAACGUUGCUGAAAACCGUAUUCGCUUAGCUCAAAAGUUCGUCGACGAUCUGCCGAACAACGAUGUCGGGUAGGAUGUUUACAGUGUUGCCAAGUUUCUUCUAAAGCAAUUUAAAGUAUAAUCGAGGAAAUCUCGACUAACGUUUUUUGGCAUUAUUUCGACAUUUUUAAUCAAUGUAAAUGCAUAACAUGUAUGUAUAAAACACAUUCUAUUCGAUAAGCAACGAAUAUUUAAUUAAUCAUAUCAUAGACCGGGCGCUAGAGGUAUGUGAGUAUGCAAAAUGUGAGUACCAAAUUUCGCCAACGGAUUUAGGUGAGGAAAAGGUCAAAGAAUAAUAAUGUGGAUCUUGCCGGUCAAUUUUUUGGUCCAUUUUUUUUUUACCCCCUCUUCUCUUAUUAAUAAAGGGAAUGUAUUCUAUGUAAUGUAAAAUCGUUUUAAUUAUUAUUUUCGUAAUAAUUUAUAGUAUUUUCUCGAGUUAUAAGUGAAGAUGGAUUCUUAAAUAAUAAAAAAAAAAAACAAAAAUUACAGUAAUAAUUUUUUUUUUAUUGAUAAAAAAAUGAAAGUUAUAUAUGAAAACCAGCUAAUUAAAUCAUAAAUGUAGUUCAAAGUAGGUAAAAAAAUAAUCAUUUUUAUUUACACAUUUGUUAUUGAUGCAUUUACAUAAUGAAAUACAAAACAAUUCCGAUUUUUUGCAAUUACAAGACAUUGUGCGACAAUUUGAAGUACAUUUACAUGGUGGAAUUAAUGACUCUGGUAAAGACGGCUUCGUCAUUUGUCGUGGACGUAAGUCACCGUUGAGCUUUUUCGUAACCAAAUGAACAAUAAAUAAUAAUAAUAAUAAGCCCCGCAGGGCAUCUGAGGCGGAUGACGGAGAGUAGCGACCCCGCGGGGCUAUAUAUCCGAGUGCUCCAGGGAGAGUAUACUGUCCCCCACCUCUGGCCUGCCGGAGUGAAGCAUGACGGGGAUAGGUCUCCCGCCUCUUGGCUUGCCUUCAUCGGCCAGUCAGAGUGGAGUCGCUAGAGCAAGGUUAGUCCUGCUCGGAGGGUAGGUGCCUCGUGGUAAGUGGCGAGUGGGCCGGUGAUGCUGGACCCACAGGGAGCGCGUGAUCUGCGUUUAACGUCCGCCAAGGCAUCCUCACCCUUCUCAGCCGCUCAUGUUCCUGUUGCCUUCUUGUUGCUUUUCAGUGACUGAUUCCCGGGGGCCCAGUAAGUGAGUUGGCGAGUCUCCACCUGCUAUUUUUACGUGUGCAAACAUUGUUAUCGGCAGGUGCCAUAGUUCCCAUAGUUUCCCCAUCCCUAGUCCAUUAGCAUCCCAUCACAAUAGCCCAAGUAGUUUUCAUCCAUAGUUAGCAAUAGUUUAGCACAGAACCGGGGAUUGUCCUUGGGUACAUUUCUAUAGUGUAUACAGGGAUAAUCGUCGGUUUUGUGUCACCAUUUCAUUAAAGUUGUCUCAGCGUGUCGGCUUCGGCCCCACGUCCGCCUCCCAAAAAUCCGGGACUCUGUAGUCCCGAGGUCAAAAAGAGACAUAAAUAAUAAACAGUAAAUAUUAUUAUUUUAUAUGAUAUAUAAAAAAACGACUUAAAAAUGCAACGUCUGUACGUCAAUAGAUGUAGAAACACACUAAACAAGUGAGCGCGCUAUGCUUACUGUAUGGGCGGAGAGGGGAUGUGAAGGGACUGAGAAGGGACCAUAACACCUGGCGGCAAGAUGUGUUUUGUCAUUAUUUAGGGUCUCAGGUAUAAGAAUCCGGUCACAGUUGCCGUCACUCGGAUUUUGCAUACUCAACUACCUCUAGCGCCUGGACUAUCAUUUUCGACAUAGAAAAUAAUGACUCAAAUCUUUGACAUUUGUUAUAAUCUAGGUUAUGUAGUAUAAUAUAUAGUCUGUGUGAUUUCAAAACUUUUCAAAACCAAAACAAACAUUUUGCUCAUAACUUGAUUAUAUCUUUAUUUAUCUAAAUACGAGAUUUCAAAGCUCCAAAUGGCUUAAGCGGUCAAGUGGACUUUAAAAAAAGUUGUACCCCUAACCAACGGCAUUCUACUUGUCCUGUGUUUUAUUUCAGUUUGGUUCCAAAACUAUCGAAAGUAAGUACACAGUACGUAACAUUUACAUUUUAAUAUACAAUACAGUCUUUGUGAACUACGUCUAUUAACUAAAAUAUUUAUCUUUUAGUGUCUCGCAACGCACUGCCUUCGUUGAGACAGCUGGAAGAGCUAGUAAGCUUUUUGGAAAACAAGGCACGAUCCGAAAACAACAGCCCCAAACAGUGACGUAGUGGGUGUAUGAAAAUAUUGGAGCAGUGGUGUAAGUACUGGAAGGACAAAAAGGAGCAGUUCAGAGGAAGUCCAGUUCAAUUGCAGCUGCGAGGCAACAUGAAGAAUUUGCCAGAACUCGGUGUAAUUGAGUUAAAAAUACAUUUCAUUAUGUGAGGAGAAUGUUUUGGAAUCUGAAUUUAGAUAAAUAAAUCCAUGCUCAUUAUAAAAUACAAAAUAAUAAAAAGACAUGUUGAAUUAAAAUAUUGUUUUAUUAAUUAAUGAUUACAGAAAAAUAAGUAUUUUUAUAAAAAUUACUUUGAUACCUGCACACUAUUGUGUAAUGUUAAAAUACUAUUUAACAUACACAGGUAAAAUAAUGCAACUUUUCUAAGUUUUUAUGUACUUUCUAAGUAUAUCUUGGACGCCACUGGCUGAUAAAAAGGUGAAGGAAAACAUCUUGAGGAAACCUGGACUAUAUAGUCUGAAAUCACCAACCCGCAUUGAGCAAGUGUGGUGCUCAAUGCUCAAACCAUGUGAGAGAAGGCCUGUGCCCAGCAGUGGGACGAUAAAAAAGAGGCUGUAACAGUAACAGGUACUAAAAUACAUAUGUAUUGUUAGAAGGUGUCACACAUAUUAUUGUUUAUUAAAUAACUUCUAGCAUGACGUCCACUGUCCAAGUCACUGCUAGAGUCCGGCUUGCUUGUUAACCGGGUCACAGUUGCUUCUUACCUCGUACUUAUCAAUAAUAUCUGGAUGGUUGAUGGCAUCUACUGUAUAUUGUUGAGUUCUUGAGGCAGAUGCCCGUGAGAUAUUGUUCUUGCAAUGUCAUAUAGCACAUAGCAUUAUUUGGUACAUAAAUCCCACUAACCAAAAAAUUUACAGUACAUACAAAAGGUUGAUGGCCAGUAAGUUUUAGGCACCUAUCCACUGUACUGUAUGAUGAUUUAUAUUAUAUUGUUUAAGUGUAAUAUAUUGGUGUGGUUGCUGAUUCCUCCUUAACGAUUCGCCUUUGUUAGGAAAGGAGAAAUCUUCUUUCAACUGUCUAAUCUGUUCUUCAGUCAACCUUAAUAUAGUUUUUAUCAGUAGUUAGUAAAUCCAUAUUACGUAUCACGGAGGCGUGACUUUUUAUUUAUUUAAUUAUCUUGAUGUUUAGUUUCUUCCAACAAAAAAAUCAUAAGUACAGGAAAGACGAACUGCCAUCUAAAACAUUAAAAAUAGGCGUAAACGUUUCAGGAAUUAAAGUACGAUAAACAAAACAUAAUAAAAACAUAUUUUUACAUUGCAAUUUAUUAAAUAACUUGCUUUACUUACAUUUUAAUCGCCUUCAUCCAAGAAAACAUCCACAAUUUACAAGCUUUUCGGUUUGACAGAUAAAAUCGAGGGCGAAGGCGAGGUUGUCGUUGCAGGCGAGGAUGUUUCGUGUUGCUGAAUACCGAUUUUCAUACAUUUGGCUCCAAAUGUUAGUUCUAUGUCACGCCGUCAACAUCGUUGAGGCGCUACGAUCGCGCAAUUUUAACUAAUGAAUACAGCCGAGUUUACAUCUGAUGUUACAACGAUGAUUUCUUGGUUGUAAAGAUGUUUUUUCUUAGUGAAUCGCACCCCUGGAAGUAAAGCGUAAGAUAAAUAUACUAAUAUUGUAAACACGAUGUCAUGUAUGUGUUGUAGAGCUUAAUGAAUUUAAAUUUUAGAAUUUUACUUUAGAUGAGAAACGAUUCGAAGUGAACAUAAUUGUGCCUAAAUCAGUUAAGUACUUAAUGUCAUGAAAAAAAUGUAAAUUAUAUGUGCGGACCGAUAUAAGAAGUUACGGUCUUGUGUACAAUAUAGACAUAUAUAUUUUAUUCACGAUCUUUUCGAAUGACGCAAGAUCAUUACUAAAUUUUAAAACCUUUUAUGAUGUUUGAAAACAAUCAUAAGCUUUUUAUGAGCAGUAAAACGAUGUGUUCUCGCCAGUUGUGGUUUAAAUCACUGCAUUCGUUGUAAUAUGAUCUUGAAACUUUUAAAUAACGUGAUUCCUUUUUAAGAUAAUAUGUGUGACAUAACAAUCCUACAAAUAUUUCAGACGGAAGGCAUAUAAAAGCCCACAGCUCUGAUAAAACCAUGCAAUUAUCCCAAUCUUCGUGGGAUAUAAAUACUACCUACUACUAUCGUAAUGUUUCUGUACCCUAAUCAAUGUUCUAUUUUUCUUCAUCAUUCAAUAGUGCAAUAUGUGAAUAUAUCCAUUCAAUGGUGUUAUUUUGGCAAAAUGUGCAGUUUUUAUUCUUCGAAACUUUAAAUAGAUGCGAUAGGGCUGUAAAUUAAGGUAUAAAAUAACGUUGUUAGAGAAGAUAAUGAUGUCCUGCCAAUUGCACUAAAUGCAUUACAGGAGUUUUAUGUUGUGCUCUGGCAAGUGUGUACAACCAGCAAGACUGUCAAUUGCUGUAGAUAUUCUCUUUAUGAUAGUUAUAUGAUAUAGUAUUUUUAUUAGACAAAAAUACAAUAAAUGUGUGAAGUCCAA